AUGAUAGUGGUGAUAGUGGUGCUGAUAAUAGUGGUGAUAGUGAAGGAUAGAGGCGAUGGUGGUGAUGAUGAUAGUGGUGAUAGUGAUGAUAAUAAUGUUGAUAAUGAUGACGGUGAGUGUGGUGCUGAUGUCCCUGGGGCCGGGCCUGGGGCUGGGGCAGGACUCCACAGGCUGGUAGAGUCUCUGUAUGGACUACAGGGAGAGAAGAGCCAGCUGAGGGGAGAACUACGGCUGCUGCACUCCCAACUGGAGCAGAGAGAACAGGACCGACACUCACGAGUACAGGUCUUCCAACAUCAGAUUGACGAAUUGAAGAGCUGCAUCGAGGAGCGGGAGGAGGAGCUGUCCAGACUAAGAACUGACUCUGGAGCCACAGACUCAGAGAAGCGGGUUGUGUGUCUGUCAGCGGAGAACGAGAGUCUGAAACAGAGUCUGACUGUCACCCAGGGCCUCCUGCAGCAGCUCUCUGUCAUCCCCUCCCAGUCCAGCUCUGUACUCAUCAAGGAGAAUGAGAACCUGCGCAGCCGGGUGCAGCAGCUGGAGAGUUCCCUGCAGCAGAGGGCUGAUCAGCUGUCUCACCUGGAGCGACAGAGCGAACAAAGCGAGUGGAGGAGAGGAGAGGAGCAGAGGAGAAGAGAGGAGAGAGUGAGCGAGCUGCAGCUAGAGCUGGAUAAAGAGAGGGCCAAAGAGCCACAGGUCAAGAUUGUCACUCAAACUGUGGAGGUGGAGUCACCGGCGACGCUGAGGCAGUUGGCUGAGGCCAGAGAGAGGAACGAGCAGCUGUCAGAGAAACUGACCAAUCAGAACGAGAAGUGCAGACAACUGGAGGAGCACAUUAGGAAGUCAGAUGAAUUCAGUUGUAACCUGCAACACAAGAUUGCAGCGUACGAGCGGGAGAUCAGUGUACUGCAGGAGGAACUGCUGAAGGAGAUAGGUCACCUGGAGGAGAAGAAGGAGGAGGCUGUAAAGGCUGCAGCGACCUGCUCCGUAGAACACUUCCAGAGCCUGCAGGACCAGUUCUUUAGUGAGUCCCAUCUAAUACAAACUUCAGAAGCUUCUACAGGCUGUGCAGAUAUGUUAUGAUGGACUUGUUGAAUCUGGGAGUGCUGUUGAUUCAUAGGAUGUUGUGCUUCAUGCUCAUCACAUCACCAUUGAGCA